CCACUUCACUGAACAACUGGACUGGGCAAAUCACUCGGUCAUCCAUCAUGAGUUCUAAAAAUACAGUAUACAUGUCCAAUGGACGUGUUCUUGACAGCCCGCCUUUGACCGUCCGUGUAACCCGUUUCUUCGAGGGCAUAUAUAUGAUUCUGGGGCUUUACUUUGUGACUUUAUUUUCGUUCGAUCCGUAUGAAGCAGCUGAGAAUUCAAAGUUCAAUACCCGCCGAUCCAACACAGACUCCGGUACGAGACCUCGACGAGGCGGUGGGUUUGGAGGAGGAGGUGGUGGUGGUGGUGGUGGUGGUGGCCCUGGAAACGACGGGUUGGGUCCAGGUGGUCCUUACAGCAGAAUUGGCCGGAUAGAUCAUAUUCGUGGUCCGGAUACAAAAAAGAUGUUUCGGCCAAAUAUGGAGGGCGUCCCCCAUUCAGACGCCGAUUGGGCAGCCUACAUUUCCACCAUGAUCGAUCUUCUCCCGGAAACCUUUACCGUCCACCACACUCCCGCCCCGUCCACCAUCCACCGGACGAUCGACCAUACCCUGCUGUCCCUCGAUGCGACAGAAGCCCAGAUCGAUAGCCUCUGCGCCGAGGCGCGAGAGUACCAGUUCGCCACAGUGUGUGUCCGGCUGAGACACGUCGCUCGCGCGGUGGAAAAUCUGAAGAACGAAGCGAGCGUCGGGGUUGCCUGCGUCGUGGGGUUCCAUGAGGGGACCGAUGCUACGGCAGAGAAAGUGCGCGAAGCACACGAAGCCGUCGAGCAUGGCGCUUCCGAGCUCGACAUGGUCCUCAACUAUCCACUCCUCAAAGAGGGAAGGUACACAGCGGUCUACGACGACGUGCUGGCCGUUCGGAAAACGGCACCCGCCCCCGUCAAGCUGAAGGUCAUCCUGGAAACAUCGCAGUUGGACCGGAAUGAGAUCGUGGCGGGCUCGGUCAUCGCGUGUAUGGCCGGUGCGGACUUCAUCAAGACCAGCACUGGGUUUAAGGGCGCCGGCGCCACCGUCGACAACGUGGCUCUCAUGCGUGCCGCAGCCGAUUCAAUGGGGAAGGGAUGCAAAGUCAAGGCCAGCGGCGGGGUCCGCACGGCGGAAACCUGCGUCGAGAUGCUCAAGGCUGGUGCUGAUAGAAUCGGUGCCAGCUCCGGUGUGAGGAUUGUCAAGGAGCUUGCUGGUUCGGAAACCUUGGACGGGGGUGAUGUACAGGGUUCAUACUAA